AUGAUCUCAACAAGGGCAACAUACAGUAUCCUAUUCUGGGUCCUGUCCGCAGGAUGUCUUGUCCUUUUCUGGCUUGCCAAGUCUAUCUUAUAUGAUCUCUACUUCUCACCGCUACGUCGCUUCCCAGGUCCACGGUCCUGGGCCAUUUCCCGCAUUCCACUGCAGAUCUCCGUUUUGCGUGGACAUAAUCAUCUAGAUGUCACCGCCCUACAUGACCGUUAUGGUCCCGUUGUACGCAUUAGCCCUGAUGAGCUGGCUUUUAAUACUCCUCAGGCUUUUCGAGAUAUCUAUGGCGCAAGGCCUGGUGGAUGCUUUCCGAAAGAUCGGAGCCACUACAUUCCGCCGGCGAAUGGGGUCGAUCAUCUCGUCUGUGCGAUAGACCAUGGUGUACAUGCGCGUCAACGACGACUGCUAGCUCAUGCGUUCUCUGAGCGCGCUCUCAGAGAUCAGGAGGGUUUGAUUACGGCAUAUGUGGAUACUAUGAUCACCAAGUUGCAAGAAGAGGUCGACAAAGGCAGAAAUGUCCCAAUUGAUAUCAAGAACUGGAUGAACUUUACUACUUUUGAUAUUACCGGUGAUCUGAUGUUUGGUGAAUCCUUCGGUUGUCUCAAGGAUAGCCAGCUACACCCGUGGAUCCAGUUGAUCUUUAGCUCUAUCAAGGCUCUUGCUAUUAUUGGUACGGCGCAGCAGUUCCCUGUUUUGAAGGUCAUGCUCGCUGCCCUGAUUCCGAGCGAGGUAACGCGCAAGGGUAAAGAACAUUUCGACCUUGGUGCGAAGAAAGUGGAUCUUCGCUUGGAGGCAGAUACCUCUCGUCCUGAUUUCAUGUCGGCUAUUUUGCAGAAUGGACUCAGUGAGGCUAAAGGGCAGUACUCGGAUGGGGGGAAGAUUAUGAGUAGGGCUGAAAUUCACUCGAAUGCUUUCAUUCUCAUCAUCGCUGGCAGCGAAACGUCCGCCACCUUGCUGUCGGGGUGCAUUUUCUACUUGUGCACCCAUCCACUUGCCAUGCGCCAACUCAACGCUGAGAUUCGAUCCUCUUUCGAAAAGCAAACAGACAUUACUUUCCGCGGUGCUGCAAGUCUAACAUACUUGGCCGCUGUCAUCGAGGAAUCUCUACGGAUGUACCCGCCUUUCGUGACAAGUCUAGCCCGCACCGUUCCAGCAGGAGGAUCCACAAUCGACGGCCAGUAUAUUCCAGAAGGGAUAAAAGUCGCAUGCCACCACUACGCAUCCUACCACUCCGCAUCAAACUUUGCAUUCCCACACAACUUCCUUCCGGAACGCUGGCUCGGCCAGAACGCGCGCUUCGAACAAGAUAAGAGGGAUGUUCUUCAGCCCUUUAGUCUUGGACCACGGAACUGUCUCGGAAAGAACUUGGCAUACUGCGAAAUACGUCUUAUCCUCUGCAAACUGCUGUACCACUUUGAUCUCACGCUGUGUCCCGAAAGCGCCAAUUGGAUGGAUCAGAAGGUUUACUUCCUGUGGGAUAAGCCUAGGCUUAUGGUGACACUGCAGCCUCGAUUCUCAGAAAAGAGCAAGGGCAAGCCUGAGUAG